UGGACUCUUGAUAGUCGUCUCCCCACGCUGCUGCUGGGGGGACUUUUUAACCUAGGCCUGUGUAUGGCCUUCAAUUGAAGCUGCUUCUGCUCCGCCACUCUGCCAUUGGACUCUUGAUAGUCGUCUCCCCACACUGCUUCUGGGGGGACUUUUUAACAUAGGCCUCUGUAUGGCCUUCAAUUUAAGCUGCUUACGCUUCGCCACUCUGCCAUGGGCCCCUGUACCGCCUCCUCUUGCUGCUGCCAGGUCCAGAGUGUGUCAUGGGUCCCUGUACGGCCUCCCAUUGCUGCUGACUUCAUCGCCAGACUCUGCCAUGUGCCACUUUCAGGUCUCCUUACACUGUUGGUGGGUUCCAUUUUGUGAUAGGGUGCUCUGCUUCUGCUCCGCCACUCUGCCAUUGGACUCUUGAUAGUCGUCUCCCCACGCUGCUGCUGGGGGGACUUUUUAAAGGGCAUUUAAAUUAAAGGUACAGUGUUCUGCACUAAUAUAA